GCGCUGCGCGUACACGCGCGGCGCGGCCGCCGCCGAGGCCCUCGAGCUCCUCGCCGUGCUCGCCGUGUCCGGCGACGCGGGCUACGACGCCGCGCUCGGCGCGCUCGAGGACCUCGCCGCGGCGCGGGGCGACGGCGCGCCGCUCGAGGCCGUCGUCGAGCUCCUCGGCGCCGGCGCGCGGGGGCUCGCGUUCCGCCGCGACGUCAUGCUCUUCGUGAACACGCUCGUCAACGGCGCGCCGAGCCUCGAGCGGCGCGUCGCCGUCCGCGCGGACCUCGUGGCCGCGGGGGUGCUCGCCGCGACGGCCGCGCUCAAGGACGCCGUCGUCGCCGAGGGCGCGGGCGACGGCGGCGCGGACGAUGCCGUCGAGCUCGACGUGCAACUCCAGGUCUUCGACGCCGUCUUCGACAACGACCGCGCGGCCUGCGCGCGGGCCGGGCCCGCGGGCGCCGUGGGGCUCGACGACGCCGCCUCCGUGUUCGAAGCCGCGACGCGCGCGUUCGCCGCCGCGGGCGCGGCGUCGGAGCUCCUCGCGCUCCUCCGGAGCCUCGCGGCCUGCCCGCUGUCGCGCGCCGCCGGCCGCGCGGCCUUCGGGGCCGUGGCGCGCGCGGCGGCGGCGGCCGUCGUCGGCGCGCCCGCGCCCUCGCUCGACGACGCGGGCGCCGCGAUCGACGCGGCCGCCGCCCUGAGCGACGCGGACGCCGCGCUCGCCGCCGCGCGCGCCGAG